GCUCGCCUCGCAUCCUGGCUCCCUCCUGCCGUGGUCCGGUGCCAGGGCGUCCGUCCAGCCGCCCGCCGGUCCCAUCCAUCCAUCCCUCCAUCCUUUCCCCCCCAUCCUUUCCUCCCUGCCCAGGGCCCCGGGCUCCGGCCGCGGGGACAGCUCCCAGGCUGGAAGAAGGGCAGCCUGGAAGGGGGGUACGGCCAUGGAGGAGGGGGCCUCGAGCCGGGCUGCCCCGGAGGAGGACGAGGCUGCCGCCGCCGCCGCCCCCAACCCCUUCGUCCACGAGCUGCAGUUGACCCGCCUGCAGAAAGUCAAGUUCUAUGUGCUGGGAGCUGUACUGGCCCCGAUCCGUGUCGCUCUGGCCUUCGUGGUCCUGUUCCUCAUCUGGCCCUUUGCGCUGCUCCAGGUGGUGGGAUUGCCGGAGGAGACCCUCCAAGAGCCCUUCUCUGGUUGGAGAAACACAGUUUCUCACAGUUCUGUCUACUUCCUGAGCCGCCUGAUGUUCUUCUUGCUGGGCUUCAUGAGGAUACGGGUCCGGGGUCAAAGGGCUUCGCGGCUGGAAGCUCCCAUCCUGGUGGCAGCCCCUCACUCGACCUUCUUUGACCCAAUCAUCCUGCUGCCCUGCGACCUCCCUAAGGUGGUCUCUCGCACCGAGAAUCUCCACGUGCCCGUCAUUGGAGCCCUGCUGAGGUUUAACCAGGCCAUCCUGGUCUCCCGUCAUGACCCGGCUUCUCGCAAGAAGGUAGUGGAGGAAGUGAAGAAACGGGCGACUUCCCAGGGGAGAUGGCCGCAAGUGCUUUUUUACCCAGAGGGAACCUGCUCAAACAAGAAAGCCUUACUGAAGUUUAAACCAGGUGCCUUCAUAUCUGGUGUCCCCAUCCAGCCGGUCCUCAUUCGAUACCCAAACUCUCUGGAUUCAACAACAUGGGCAUGGAGAGGACCUGGAGUGUUAAAAGUCAUCUGGUUAACAGCAUCUCAGCCCUGCACAACAGUGGAAGUAGAGUUCCUCCCUGUUUAUCAGCCCAGCGCUGAGGAGGCUGUGAACCCCACACUGUAUGCUAACAAUGUCCAGAAAGUGAUGGCCAAAGCCCUGGGAAUCCCGGCUACAGAUUGCGAGUUUGUGGGCAACCUUCCAGUCACCGUCGUGGGGCGCUUGAGAGUGGCCCUGGAACCACGCAUCUGGGAGUUGGGCAAAGCACUUCGGAAGGCCAGGUGCCCGACAGAUGGAGUCAAAGGCCAGUUGGAUUCCUUACCUGCAGGUGCAUCAGGGCAGCUAGGGCCAAAGGAGCUGAGUCACUGGCUGGGGCUGGCCUGCCCCGAGGAUGUUGAAGGGCUUUGCACCUAUUUCCAACAGGACGCCGAUGGCAACAUGGACUCCCGGGAAGUGGCCCUGGCCCUGGAGGCAUUGGAAGGAGAGCACAACCCACAGGAACUGACGUUUCGUGCUUUUAAGCUCUUCAUGGAUACAGACAGUGAGGCAGAGAACGGUCGGCUUCGCCAAGAUGGAUUCUGCGCCAUUUUGCGCCUCCUGCUGGGCACACCAGCUGCAGAUGGGGCCGAACUCUAUAGUCGACUUUGUGGGGACCACAGCCACGAUGGACUGACCCUCGAUGAGUUCCAAGACUUCUCUCUCCGCCACCCUGACUACGCCCGCCUCUUCAGCACGUACCUGCACCCCUCCGUGGUGUGCACUCUCUCCAAGCCUGGCCUCCCGCGCACCUAUGCUAAUGGCGUUCCUGCCUCCCUUCCCAAGAGCAAGGCAGACUGAACCCCCUGAAAACUCUUUAGCCACGUGUAUACAACGAAACACACACACACACACACAAACACACACAGCCAUGCCACAUCCUUGGCCACGCAGACCCCGCCCCUCCUGCUCGCUUGCUCGCUCUCUGCCGCCACGGUGGUUAGGCAAAGGGGGGCGGAGACACCCCCAUCUCAGGGCAACCGUAACCGGGGAAUCACAGCCGCAAGUUCUUUGGGGAUUGGGGCUUCUCUCCGUUUAUUUUAAAAGUUUUAUUUUUGUUAUGUUUUAAUUCUAUCAUUUUAUCUUACGUUGUUGAUAUUCUGUUUCGUUCGUUUGUCAAUGGGGAAGGGAAGGGUGGAAGGGUGAGAUACUGUUGCUUUUCGUUCUAUUUUCUGUUUUGUAAAAUAUAAAAAGUGCUAUUUUAUAUAUAAAAUAAAUAUCUAUAUCUCUAUAAUAAAAAAAAGAUAUAUGUAUUAAGUUUUAAAACAAAGGUGGUUCCUGAUUUUGUUUGCUUGCUAAGACAACUUAGGGAAGACUUGGGGAAGGAGAUGGAGGCCACACCUUGAGUUUCAAGGUUUUUAGUUCAAGGUUUUAAGGUUUGUAGUUCAAACAUUGGAAGUUGGUCCGUUUGGGCAAGUGGAACACUGACCCAGCACACACACACUCUCUGCUUUCAGCCAUCCCUCAUCUGCCUGCCUUCUUACAACCAAUCCAGGGGGUGGCACUGCCAGUCACUGCCUCAACCAUUGUCCAGAGGCUGGCAUAAUGGGACACCUGAUCUCUGGUUGGUCACAUUGCUACUGCAUGCUAGGAGGAGGAAGGGCAGCACGGCAGCACUAGCAACCACAGCGCUCCGCAAACACGCUGGCAGAACCAAUCUUGGGCUCCUGCUGGCACGUUUGCACCGCACCAACCUCCCCAACCUUCUGCCCUCCUUUACUUCCCAGUAAGCAGCAGCGGUGAGCAGAGGCAUCCCACCCUGCUGCCUGCUUCUGCUGUAGUCUCAGCAUUGCCUCUGUAGAAAUCGAUAGGGAGGAUGGGGACAAGACUAGAAUUAGUCAGCUCUGUCCUGUCAAUGGGUCCUUGCCUUCUUCCCUACCAGCCGCCGUGGAACUCAAGUAAGAUAUGCACGUUACGUGCCGAGGUUGCAUUCAACUCGGCUGUAAGAUGAGAGCAAAAGGUUGCGCUGUGUCACCAGCCUCUUAACAAGAGUGGUUCUAUCCAGGGCUCUGUCCAGCCUGAAACUGGAGCACUGGAGCAUUAUUCAGAGACGGGGAAGGGAACUGGAUCUUGAUUUCUUAGAUUUGGGACUGGCUGCCAGCCCUGAACCUGUCAUAUAGCCAGGAGGUUCAGGGCAGUGAGAAAGGGCAGAAGUAUCAUGUUUGCUUCCCUUUGCUUCCUGAAGCCUGCCUGUGCAGUUCAAAUAGGGGGAUUUUUAAAAGCUCAUGUCUCCUCCCUUCUCAACCUUCAUGCUCGCCUCCAGGAUGCUAUCAGCUGAAGGAGGCAAAUCCCUAUCCCUGUUGUUUUUUAAACCAAAGUGACCAUUUCAAAACUUUAUAGGCUUGGAAACCACUGAGUGCAGGCUGGGGUUGCUCUUCUGCUUUAUAACACCCCCACCCCCAUUUAAUUUUAUUUUUAAACCAAAUGUAUAUGUUUCCACAGGUAUGCAGAAACAAGCACAGCCUUCGUUUCCAAAAUUCCAAAACAGAUCGGCACAGGAGAACCUGAGUUCGAUAUUAGGCAGGCUGGUAGUCUGGCGAGGUGGAGCUUUCAGAGCCAUGCUUGCAGCCAAGCAAGUUGGAUUCAAUAUCUCUUUUAAUUUGCUAAGAAAUUUGAACAAAUGUGUCAAGUCCCACAGGAAGCGUAUCUAGGCAGACAGUGACUCGGUCAAGGUAUUUUGGCGUAGUCUUUUCCCCUGUUACCCGUACUGUUUUGAGUAAUGGCGGGGCUCUGAAAUCUCAGCACAGGUGGCAGCUGCCAGGACGGGGACUUUUAAGAGACUUUACCAGGGUUUGCUAGAGUCAGCCUCCAUUGAAAGAAAGGAGCUCCGCUACUGGUUGCGAAGGCGCUUGCUCCUCCGUGUACCUGAGCCACUGUUUUUUCUCUUGUGACUGUGCUGGGCGGCUGUGUUGGCUUCCGGACUCCUGUUUGGUGGGGUGGUGGAAUUCUGGGGCACCUGCGCCCUCGUGGAAUGCCUUGUCUUAGCCCCUUGCUUCCCAGCAUCCGUGGGCGAGGAGGAGGACAGUGUGUCCCCUUGUUCCCUUGCAAGAGGCGCAAGGGCACUGUGAGGGGAGAGGCUGAGCUUGGAGGCAAGCAAGGAGGAGAAGCUAGAUAGCUCCUCAUCCUCCUCUUCGUCGUCUUCUUUAGCGCCAUAUUUAAGGAUGUCUUCCACGCUUCCUCCGGGGAGUUCUGGAAGCAGGCCCUUUGCCACAGCGACUCCCUCAAGCAAAUCGCCCCCUUCCCCCUUACUCGGGUUCUUUGCGUUACUCUCUGAACUGAUGGGCCCCCUGUGGGCUUUAGAAGGGAGCAGAUCACUAGACUCAGAUCCCUGACUGGCCUCAUCAUUUCCAUGGCUGCCUCCACUGCUUCCUCCACCUUGUUGUAGUGGAAACGCUGCUCCCCCUUUCCCAGAACUGGCGGCCACAGGAGUGUGAGCUCCACCUGGACUGCAGCUGCCUCCAUCAGCUUCCACUGUGGCAACAUAGCUUGAAGGGUUUGGCGUGGGGUCUGGGUUCCGCUUGUCAUCUGGAAGGUUUUCCACCCAAGGCGUGACUUUGCACUGAUCUGUGAGUGGCCACUGAGACUUUUGGAAUAUCUCAGGGCACUUCUGGAUACUUGGAGAUUGAGGCCCCGGUACUGAGAGGGUGAAAUAUGGCACAUGCUCAGAAUCUAUGCCUGUGGGCUGCUCUUCAAGCAACCCUACCGGACUAGAAUCGGAUAAAGUCAACUUCUGUCUGUUUCCCUGGCUGAGUUCAACAUGCGACUUUUUAGUUCCUUCAUCUGUUUCCAACGCGGGUGAGUCAAUGGACUUUCGGCCAUCUUGUCUAGUGGAAAUUGGUUGUUUUUCUAAUGAUAUAUUAUCUGCAGGCAACUGUACACUUUUGACUAAGCCAUUGUCCUUUACUGAUGUCGUUGUCAUUUGUUUCCAGUUAGCCUCUGGCUUCUUCUGAGAUUUGACCUGUGCUUCUUGGCCAUUGAGAUGGUUCCCAUGUCCAGAGGGGCUCAAUGCUAGGCUGUCAUGCGCUGCUGAGCUUUUCCCACAUGGCUUGAUGCCUCCAAAAUGAGUUACAGUUACAUUAGGAGUAGGUUUUGCCCCUCUAUAAACGCCUUGGGACUGGAGUUGAUCUUUGGCUACUUCUCCUUGACAGCCAUUUUGCUUUUCACAUUCAACCUGAAGGAGUUCCUGUUUUAUCUGGUUGCCUGGGUGAGAUAUCAUCUCCUCACCUUGACAGUCAAGUUCUCUUCUACUGGAGAUAUCCUUCGCCCCCCUAUUACUUUGAACUUGGAGUUGACCUCUGGCCUUUUCUGCAGAGUCAACAUUUUGUCCCCCAUGCCCAUUCAAAGUCAUCCUAAGAGUCCUUUCUGCUGCUAUGCGAUCCCCUAAUAACAUUUGGUUUAGGCCUUGACUAUUAUGGUCGGUCCCUUUUGGAUCAUCUUCCUGUAUUUUCCAGACAGCUUGAGCCUUCUUUAGACAUUUGACCUCCCCUCGUUGGAUACCAUCUUGUUUUGCACAUUUGUUGUAUGGUGCUUCUAGAUUAUUCCAAACCAGCUCCAUCCCAUUAGAGAACUGUCCUUUGACAGCAAGGCUGCCUUGCCCUGUAGCAUGCUGCUUGACCGUUCCUUCUUGGUCGCCAUCUUGCUUUGAAUGUUCCAAGGCAUGGGGCCUUGCAAUACCUUGCUUGGCCUUGUUGUCCCCUUCGGACGUUAAGUUCCCAGUAAUGCUGGUGUUUCCUGUUAUACCAGGAGUAGCUUCCAAUGUGACCCACUGGCUAUGAGAAGAGCUUCCAUGACUUUGAACCUGGCCUUGUCCCUGUGAGUUCUGGGUUUCCUCUUCAUCUGUGCUCUUCAGGGAGAGGAGCAGAUUUGCUUCCUGAGAGUCCUGGGUGCCACAUUGGUGAGGAGAACUCUCUGCUUUUGGUGGAAAGCCUCGUUGCUGCGAAUGAUGUGCCAGCGGGGAACUGGUGGCUGGCAUAGGCAGUUCUGGCUGGUUGCUUCUAAUGACUUUGCUGGCCAAAGGCCUCUUCGGGGUGUGGCACGACGCAUCUUCUCCUUUUCCAUUACCACUGACCUCGUCCUCUUCCUCAGACUGCGAGGGAGUGGAGUCAGAAUGGGAUGUAGGGUAGACAGAGGGCUCCCUCUCUUCUUCUGACAGCGCCAGGAGUCUCUUCUCUGUCAGCUGUAGAUCAAAAGGAAAAGGGAUCAAUGCAGAGUAGUUGUGGGGAAAGCCUUGCCCGUACUGCCUCUCAGCCCAGCCCCUUAGUGGGAUAAUUAUGUGCUUCCACAGCCAUAUGCAGGUUCAGACCCUCCAAGUGUCCCUAUUUUCCAGGGACAGUCCUGGAUUUACAGAAGUCAUCCUGGUUUCUGAUUUGACCCCAGAAGGUCCCACUUUUCCUUAUGAUGUCCCAAUUUUCAUUGGAGGCCAUUAGAAGACAUCUUCCCUGUAUAGGGAAGGUUUUUUUAAUGUUUAAUUAUGUUUUAAAUAUGUUGAAAGCACAGAAUCAUCAUCAU